CGGCUGCGCCCCUACUUCAGGUGUUGCGGCGGUUCCACGUCGCCAGGCGGUCCGCGGCUUCCGUGAGCUCAGGCUUCCCUCAGCGUCCGGAGCGCCGGCCCUUUGGCUCCCACGCGGCCAUGGCGGGGCCGGGCCCGGGCGCGGGGGACCCGGACGAGCAGUACGAUUUCCUGUUCAAGCUGGUGCUGGUGGGCGACGCGAGCGUGGGAAAGACGUGCGUGGUGCAGCGCUUCAAGACGGGAGCUUUCUCGGAGCGCCAGGGCAGCACCAUCGGCGUCGACUUCACCAUGAAGACGCUGGAGAUCCAGGGCAAGCGGGUCAAGCUGCAGAUCUGGGACACGGCUGGCCAGGAGCGAUUCCGCACCAUCACCCAGAGCUACUACCGCAGUGCCAACGGGGCCAUCCUCGCUUACGACAUCACGAAGAGGAGCUCCUUUCUGUCAGUGCCUCACUGGAUCGAGGAUGUGAGGAAGUACGCAGGCUCUAACAUCGUGCAGCUGCUGAUCGGGAACAAGUCGGACCUGGGCGAGCUCCGCGAGGUCCCACUGGCCGAGGCGCAGAGCCUGGCGGAGCACUACGAUAUCCUGUGCGCCAUCGAGACAUCUGCCAAGGACUCGAGCAACGUGGAGGAGGCCUUCGUGAGGGUGGCCACAGAGCUGGUGGUCAGGCACGGCGGCCCCCUGCUCAGUGAGAAGGGCACCGACCACAUCCAGCUGGAUAGCAAGGACGUCGGAGAGAGCUGGGGCUGUGGCUGCUGACCGGGGUGCAGGGCAGGCAGGCAGGGGCCUCCCCACCUCCUCUCUCUCUCUCUCUGGCCUGCCGGGCCCACCCCUCCAGAGCUGGCCAUCCAUGGUGCCAGCGAUUCUAGAGCAGCUGGAUAAAGUCCUGGAAUUAUCCAUUCCGUGGCCUGGGUACUUGAUGGGAAAGCUACCUUCGAGGAAGGAAGAAGCGGGGUACCUUCUGAGGGAGACCUGGUGUCCUACAGGGUGUAGAGUGGGGGCCCAUCCUGCCGGCCGGUGGCUGUCCCCUCCGCGUCCUUCGUGGUGCCUGCCCAGCUGGACCACAGCGGGAGAGGGGCCGGGAUGUGCCUCCCCUGCGCCGCAGGUACUGGUUCUGGCCAUUUCCCACCUUGGCGUCUUGCUGCAGCUGUGGUGGCAGGUUGCUGCCCUCCAGGGAUGUGGCUGGUGCCUUGGGUUCUUCCGGGUCAUUCCAGGGCCUCUGUGCAUAGCCCCAGAGAGUGAGAGCAAUCAGCCCGACAGACUCGGUUCCUGAGCACAGCCCCGGGGAAGCCCUAACUCCUUCCUGGCGAGGAGCCUUCUUCCUUUCUUCACUGCCAGCUCUAAGCUCGCAGAUAGCUUGGGGCUUGGCUUGCUGCCUUAGCAAGAUCUCUCAAGUUUUCUGGUUUUCCAUGUAGCUUCUUGUUUUCAUCGGCACAAGUAGGGGGUCAUGGCCCACAGCCAAGCAGGGACUGUCUGCUGGCCUGGGGCCCAAAGUGUUGCCACUCGGGUUGCAAAACCAGCUGAUUCUUCAGCACCGACUCUCAGAAUUUGGGGGGUUUGCGGGGAAUGAGAUAGGAAUGUGGACAUUUAAGGGAAAAGUAAAAGCUGAAGUCCCUGAGGCUAAGGUCUGAGAGGAACCCUCAGGGCACCUAGUCUGACCUGUGCAGAAGCCCCUCCUGCCACCUUCAGAGCAACAGCUCCCCCACUGUUUCCAGUCCAGCUUACGGUUUCCUGAAAGAAGAAGACAAGGCCCCAACAGUCCUGGCUCUGACCGUUUCAUCCUCCUGGGCCCACCCGCCCUUAACAGCCUCGGCGUGUGCUGCAUGCUGGUUAGAAGGCAGGUGGGCGCUGGCAUCACCGGGGCUCUUGGAAGCACACCGUCCUCUGGGGGUAGUUCAGGGGAUCACAGGGAUGGAGCUGGGGGAGGCAGGUGAUCUUCCUGUACCACCCAGGCCCUCCAUGUCAGCCCAGGCUAGCCCCUUAGGCCCCCCUCCGUGUGGGGCUCCAGGAAGUACACUGCUGUCAGAGCCAUGGGAAAGGCCACACCAUGGAGGUGGAGCCCAGACAGCGCCCCUGGCCCAGCCCUGGCCCUAGCGGUGGGCCACAGGCCUCCAGCUGACUUCCCUUGCCUUGCACCUUGCCUGCCACCCUUUGGCCUGUGUCACACCCUCGCCCAGGCAGGCCCAUCUGCAGAGCCAGAAGCCAGACCUUCUGCAGCAGCCAGACCCACAGCAGUCUGGUGAAGCAGGGUCGGGCACAGAGGGCUUCCCUGGCUGAGACCGAGACAGGCGGGGCUGGGGACUCCCUUUUGGGCAGGGAGGCAGCCCUGGGACAGCUGAGCCUGGUUCUGGAGAGGAAGGAUGUUGACCUGGUUGGACCAGGAGCUACUGAGCAGGGGCCUGCACUGAGGGGAACCAGCCCACUGGGGGCCGGGUGGGGUGGGACCUGGGAGCAAGAAGGCCACUUCACUUGGCUUCCUUCCUCACUGGCCUUGCCGGUGGGAUGGGGUGAGUGGAGCCUGGGGCCCACCUGCUGGCAGGGAGAACUGGUGUCUGCCAGGCCCCUCCACUUCAGUGCCUGGGCUCUACCUGCAAGUAGAACGUGCCUAUGACUGAGGCACAUUCGAGCCAAGGGCAAAGGUCCUCCAGCCCCAUGACCUCUGCUAGGGGCUGAUGUUUGGGCAGAGCUGGGCAUUCAACCUGGGCCCAAGCUGGAAGAGAAAUCUCAUGAAGCCUGACCUUGCAGAGACCUGCUGCUUUGGGGGGCGGUGGCGGGGAUGCAGGGGGUCUUGGAGCACAGGCCUGGGCCUAACCUCCCCCCUGCCCCCCAUGAAUGACUUGCAGCCUCAGUUCCCACUGAGCCCAGGUACAGACCCUACCCAUUGUUACCUGUUGUCCCUCUCUGCCUUAGGGCUGGGAUGGCUAGGGAACGCGGGAGGCCAUUCCAUUCCAUCUCCUUCACAGGGACGCCCUGGACUGCCAUGAGGAUCUGGGGCAGGCCCAGCAACAGGCAGCUGGCUGGUAACAGGGGUCUGGACUCCAAACCAUCCCCCUCCUCCUCCAGACCCCAGGGUUGGAGGCCUGAAACCUUGCAGAGGCUUGGCAGAGAAGAGAAGGGAGCAGCCAGCCCAGCCAGGACCAGGGAGGUUUCUGCCCACUGGCAGCCUUUGGCUCACCCAGCAACCAUGAAAACACUUCCCUUUCCUGUCUUUCUUAGUUCCAAGGUGUCCAGAACACUGGGCUGAGUGGUCUCCUGCCACCCCAUCCUCCAGGCACCACGGCCACCAGGGGUUUAGAAAUCCAGGGGUUAUCUUAGGCUCCUCACUCUCUCCACCCUACCGCAGUGCUGGGAUCCCACCUCCACGCUGCCCCCCACCCCUCUGCUCUGGACAGGCCCUGGCCUCCCCUGGACGCCUCCUGGACCUCCUUGGCCCCUGGGCUUCUAGCCGGUGCAGCCCGAGGCACCCUCCUGCUGCAGUCAGCGUGGCAGUGGCAAAAGGUCACACUGAUGCUGUCCCCUCACCUUCCAGGGUGCCUGGGGCCUUCGGGAUAUGGUCUAUGCUCAGUCUGGAUGUCCAAGGCCUCCACAGCUCUGCCCUGGCUUUUCCCCAGCACCUUGUGCCCCAGGAGCACCCUCUGUCCAGGCCGCUCCCUUCCCACCCUCCUCCGCACUCACCCAGCCUUUAUUCCUGUCGUUUAGAGUCCCACAAAUGACCCACCUGGACACCCCUGAGAACUGGCCCCACCCCAAGCUAACCCCUUGCUCCUAGUACCCCCUGGCAAGAAUGAGUUCUUUGUCCCCCUCUUCCUCAGUGGGAGCCAUUUCCCACAAGGCUCAAACAGACCCAUUUCCCAGCUUCGGCCCCAAAUACAAAUGCUAGUGCUCAGGGCCUGACGCUGGUGUGGGGUUGACCGCAUGCCGGCUGGGCGACCUGUCUGUAGGGCCGGGUUGGGUGGGGGCCUCACUAUCUGCUGGGCCUCCGUCUUCUGUCACAUGGGGACCCAGACUUGGGUAAGAGAAAAUGGGGAAGUGCUGAGACAGAACACGACCCACCUCUUGUUUCCUCCCUCAGCAGGCCCAGGGCUUCUGGGGCCAGAGAGCUUAAUCUCUUCCUCUGUUUAUAAAUUACCCAAGAGCAGGAACAGGUGGGGUCAGGGGCCAGGGUGUGGGAGAGGAGGCAGGGGACAGGGCCAGGAAGUAUCCUGGCAGCCAGCAGGCCCGGCAAGAGCACCAUCUGUGGCCUGGGUGGGGCCGGUGUGACACGGGCUGAAGAACCAGAAGGCUGGUGUUUUAGCAGCGGGGCAGGCAAGGGACAUGGAUCGUGAUUCCCAAGCCAAAGAGGUGGGUUCCUGUCCUGGAAGCGGGGAUCAAAGACAUCAGGCCGCAACAGGCAUGGAGCUAGAGGAAGCUCCUAAUUCAUAUUGAAUUCAGUUACUCUUUCCUAGGAGGGCUGCCAGGGAUGGGGCCUCAGGGACCCUCUGCACCCUGCUGGCGUGGGCCGUUGGGCUGUGGGGAAGGCCUCAGCCAAGCCCAGUGAUGCCAUUUGCAUUUGGGGAUUUUUCACAUUACCUAUUUAUGAUGCAUAAAUCUUUAUAGCAAAUCUAUUUUUUGAAACAUGGAAAAGUUGCCUUUAUGGAAACAGCAGAGCCAGAGUGUACACAUUCCUAAAUCAUUAAACAGAUUUCUGCAAAGAGCCAAUGGUGCCCAAGACUGGUUAUCUCACCUUUGAGCCCAGAGCUGGCCCAGGUGGCCAUGUCUCCACAGACGGUUCCACCUGCCCAGCUGGCCUCCCUGACUAGUCUCCAGGCCCAGAGUGGGUGGGCGGGCCUACACACUGCCCACUGCCCUUCUGUUGCCGGGAGCCCUGUUAAGACUUCUCUGCCCCAGACCAGUGUGGGAUCUGAGAAGCAGUCAGUGCCUAAGGGGCAGGAAGGAGCUUGGAUUGGGUCCUCACUCUGCCAGGGAUAUACCCGUGUGACCUUGGGCAAGUUACUGCACUUCUCUGGGCCUUAGGUUCCUUCAGUUGGGUUUGAGUUGAGGCAGGUUGAGUAUGAAUCACUGAUGGCCAGGGGCACCAGGCCUGGGAUCUCUCAUCUACAACCCUGUGGGAAGGUGUUACUAUCCUUGUUCUUUGCGGAUGAGCCAAUAGGCUCAGGGGUUGGGAGUUCCUUGCCCAAGCCUUGAAGCCAUAACAAGUUAGAGCUUUUAUUCCAAGUCAGUAGAGCCCUCACGAGGGCCAGACUGGUCCUGCUGUAUUCCCAGGGCAGAGAAUGGUUUUAGGCACAGAGUAGGCAGAGUGCCUGAUUGGGGCCCCUGGCACCAGGAAGUCCACGAAUCCGUAGCCCACCUAGGUACUCUGGGGUCUGUUCCUGGUCAUUCUCAGAAGGGGGCCUAUGCUGACAUGGGGGCCAGAUGAGGAUUGCACGGCACGGCUGCUCACCACGGCCGGGUCAUGCUGUACUCUGUCUGCCAUGCCCUGCUCUGGCAAGAACUGACAUCGUGGAAGUCAGACCAACCUCCAUCCAAAUCCCAGGUCUGCUGUGACUAGUUGCGUGACCUUGGGCCUUGGGCCUUGGGCCUUGGUUUUCCACCAGCCUCGGCUUCCUCAGAUGGGGGACGCUAAUUCCUGUCCUGCCUGCGACCCGGCAAGUCACUGCAAGAUCCCAGCUGGGAGAGGCUUUGUACACUGCAGGGAUUCUAACACUGUCCCAGAGGUUAGAAUCCCGGUAAUUCCGCUGACUGAAUGAUGAAGAUCUGGAGCCUGGGCCUUCCAGAGGGGCCACGCUCCAGGCACUUCCCAUCACCUUUUCCAGGGAGAAGAAAUGCCUGUGGUUUGAAUUUCCUGCUGUCCUUGAAUGCAGGGCAGCCCCCAAGCCUGCAUGUGCCCCUUGGAUGAAAAACCCCUAAGUGGGUGGUCUGAGCCGGGCCACCACACGCCCCCACAGAGGCUGUGAUGAGGGUCCUCUCUUGCCUCUGCCCACACCGUGGCGCUGCCUGACCCUGGGACAAAGUCCUGGGCUUUAAAACCGGGAAACUGAGGCCAGGGGCCUAGGUCCCAGAGCUGAGCCUGGCCCUGCCCCUCCCCUAGGGGCUCCCAAAGCUGCAACCCCGCCUCCCCCCUGCUCCCUGCACACAUUCACCCAGGGGCUCAGCUGAGGAGGGACCACGCCAGCCCUUCCUUCAGGGAAGCCAGGAUGCAAGGUGGCCCCACCCCAGUCACAUCUCCUCGCCUCACCCUCUUGUCACCUUUCCCACGCGGCCACUCCCCACUCCCCACGCCAGCCAGCCUCCAGCUGCCCUGGCUCCUGCCUCCACAUCCAGCUCCACACCGGCUGACCGGCUUCCUAAAGCAGGUCACACGCUGACCGGGUCACCCCCUUGCUUGGCUCUGCCCGGCUCCCUGCUGCCCUCAGGCUCCCUCGAGGGGCCCGUCAGCGCCAUCCGCGGCCUGGCCCCACGCUCUCCCCUGACACUCGCCACCCCCAGCCACACGGGGCUCUGCGUUCCCUGACCCGCCGCUCCCCUGACAGGCAGACCCCCAGACCCACCCGAAGAGCCCAGCUCCCCGCUGUGUCCUGGGCUUCUCCAAGCAGGGCCCCCUGUUGACACACAGUCCGAGAUGGGGCCCGGCCCCAAAGGACAACCACCUGGUCCUGACGCUGACUCCCAGACGCUCCCAGGAGCCCUCCAGAGUGUGUGGAGCCCCCCCCCCCACACAUACACACAGCCCCAGAGACUGCUAUGUCCCGUCUCUGCUGUCGGCUCCUGUUCUUCUGGAAAGAACAGACCCCGCCCAGAGGGCAGGCUUGGCCCCGACCGGUGCUUCCUGGGCAUCCGUGUGUGCUCUGACCCAGGCCACUCGGGGCUGUGGUGAGGACAGCACCGCCCGCCCACCUCAGCUCUCAGCUCUGAGAGGGAGCCCGGGACGGGUCCCCUCCCUCCCACACCCGGGCUGUGUGCUUCGGGCCUCUGUCCCCAGCGGUGACUCUGCACCUGGCAUCCCGAGGCGACCGUCACCUCAGUAUGGUUCCCAGGGAACAAGCUGCAGACGUAGAGGUUCCCAGUUCAAAGCCGCUUACUCAUCAGCAUGUGUCAGCAGCACCUACGAGGGAGCUGGAGGGUCUGUGUGCAGGGCUGAGGGGACAUCAGGAGACAUGGACCCGGCAAAGGAGGCCAGGAGAGAGGGCAGUCAUGGGACGGGUGAGUUAGCUCCUGGAAGCUGGUGAGUGGGGCCGGCAUGCUCCAGCCUUCUGCUCACAGCCCCGCGUCAUCCAGGAGCUGGUUAGAAAUGCAGGAUCUCAGUGUCCACCCCAGAGCUCCUGAUUCAAGAUUGGAGUAAGAUCCCCAAGGGAUCUGGGUGCAUGUUACAGUUUGAGGAGCACUGGUCUACACAGCCUGCCCACCCCACCCAGGUGGCCCCUGGGCAGGGCUUCAUGUUUCAGAAGUUUUUAGGUUCUUCCUAAAGAAGAAGGCCUGAAGGUUCUUGCCCGUUUACCCCUGAAGUGUGUUUUCCAUCCUCUACAGAGGCACCGACUCGAUCUGUGGACAUCAAGGGCAAAGGGCUGGUGGCUGGCUCCUUGGCAAAGCUCUGACUCUGACAGAGUCAGAACCCGUGGGGUCACCUGGGCCCACCUAACACCCAACAUUCGUCCAGCAAACUCCAACCCCAUCUGGCAACAUUUGAGCUUAUCGUGUGUGACAGGGAUUCUUGAUCUUUUCUGGAUCUCUGACCACUGUAAGCUGUAGACCCUUCAGUCAGAAAAAAAUCUAUAUUCACAUCUGCACCCAAAUGUGGCACAUUGUGUGGGGGCGUGAGUAGACAGGGGAAGGCUGCCCACUUUCCGAGUCUGGAAUCUUGAAACUUCUAUUGGAAUGCUGUUUACAGCCUCUUAAGUUGGCAGAGUCUGAAAUUUAUUGAAAGGUUUCUAUGUGAAUUCACAAGAGAAUUUAAGGACUUGCCUCAAAUGCACAUCCAGUGAACAGCAGAGAGAAGAUUUGAGCCCUGGAUGUUGGGCUCUAGGGUUGUUCCUUAACCCCCUGAAAUCCUGGGAGGGACCUUUGGAUUUAGUGGGAUGGGAUGUGGCUGGCCUGACAGUCUGCAAUGUACUCAGGUAUACAUUCGACAAAAGGGACCCGGUUCUAAGUGGACAUUUCUGAAAAUAACAGAAACCAUAUGGCGAUCUAUCUCAAGGAAUGAAUCUUAAGAAUAAUAAAACCUCUAUGCACAGGAAUAUCCAUGACAGCCUUAUUUCUAUACAAAGGGAAACUGGGAGGCAGCCGUCCCUUGCUGCAGAGUACUUUAGACAGUAUGUCUGAGCAUUGUAGGUGAAGGACAAUCUCUCCGUGAAGGGCUGGGUCUUCCUUUUGCCUUUCUACACUUUCGGUCUUCUAUGAUCAACAUCUACUACAUUUGUCAUAGAAAGACACAGUACACUUCAGAAGAGUCAUGAAAACAACAUAACAUUAAAAAAUGUGAUGCUAUAUUCAUCGAAGGAUUCAGAAUACCCAAGUCAAGAAGUGUUAGCAAUUAAUGUAAUAUCAAUAGGGUCUGGACAUGAAAAUGUUAAGGGUGAUUGUGUUAAAACGGAGCUAUGAAGAACUUCCUCCUUCUUUUCUCUCUUUUACAAAUCUUUAAAAAUGGAACUAUGCUGCUUUUUGAGUAAUAUAUAGCAUAUUUUAUAUAUAUCCUGUUGAUAUGUAUUACAUAAGCAUGUGUAACUAUAGAUCUCUAUCAAGCUAUUGACAUCCACACAUACAUACAGAUACGUGCUCAUGUGGGAAAUAAGUAAUAAAUCUGAUAAGGGUUUUGGGAAAUUAUUUUACUCAUACUUUUUAUCACUCAUAACCUCGUUCAGUAGUUUCAGGGAGAACUUUGGCAUGGUGGAUUGAUAAUCGGUCAUGGAUUUUCUUACUUAUUUGGUGGGGGGUUUUUUGUUUGUUUUUUUACUUAAAAAUCACAUAUGUGAUACAUGAUAUUUGCUUUAAUUCUGAGACUUUCCAAAUACCCACAAAGGCAGAGAGUGCGGCCCAGCCCUGUGUACCCACUGCCCGCCUUCAACAACCCUCAUAGUCUUGCCACAUUGGCCGCAUCUACCCGCCCCCCUUUUCAACUGGAGUAUUUUAAUGCAAAUCACAGACAGGAGGCAUUUCAUCCAAAUUGGUCACUAUGAAUCUAAAAGCAAGCAGGCAAGCAGAAUAAUGCCAUUACCCCACCUAAUAAAAGUAAUCAUAAUUCC